UUGGGAUUCCUGCAACCACAAUUGCAUCGCGACAACCUGGGCUGUAGGCUGGAAACUUCAAAGCAGCUAUUUGCUGCGACCAUCCCACAGCCAAUAUGGCUGCCGCUACGAUUGAAUUGCCAUUCUUAUCAUCACAUUACGCCAUCGCAGAGUCGACCCUGAGCACUCUUACGGAAGCUCCCACGGUCGAACUCGUCAACCAACUAUUGGAAGCGAUCACCAAAAAGGCGCGGGAAUUUGAUGAACUGAAAUCGGAUAAGCUUCGACUUGAGGUCGAGCUCGAAAAUGCAGUUCGCAGCAGCGACACAAAGAUCAAGGUGUUGAAGAGCUCCGUCGAAAAGGGCCACGCGGAGGUCGAAGAAACACGAAAGAAACUUCACGAGUCAGAAAACACACGAUCUUCGUUAGAGUCCGAAAUCGCGACGCUGAAAUCAUCGUCCACGUCCAACGAAUCCGAAACCAGCACCCUCAAGUCUCGCAUCACCUCCCUCGAAGCUUCAAACCGUGAUACGCUAGCGCUACUUGAAUCCAAAUCAGGCGCGUACGACAAGCUCGCGGAAGAGCUCUCUACACACCACAAGAAGACGAUCGAAUUACGACGCGAGCUUUCGACUGCAGAGCAAAACCUACAAGCCGCAAACUCCGCUUCCGCCAGUGCCCGAUUCCGUGAACAGAGCCUCCAGCAGGAUUUGGAACUGACGAAGAAAAAUAACGAGUGGUACGAGACGGAAUUGAAAACAAAGUCUGCCGAACACCUCAAAUUCCGCAAGGAAAAGAGUGCUCGGAUUUCAGAGCUUCAGCGUGAAAAUGAAGAGGCCAUUGCAAACACAGAAUCUUUGAGGCGCAGUGAAAAUGCUCUCAAGAGCCGACUGGACGAAGUGGAACAGCGCUACGAGGAAUCGCUCGCUAGUAUUCAACAGCUCAAGGAGGAGGCUAUCAAAACCGCCGAAUCAUUUAGAAUUGAGUUGGAUAGCGCGAACCGGUUGGCGGAACUCCAAGGCAACGCCGCAGAAACUGCCAAGAAGCGGGUAUCGGAAUGCCAGCUGACUUUAGAGAAGGUGAGAGACGACGCAGCGGAGGAGAUCUCGCGCCUGCGUGUCGAAAUUGAGACCGAGCACGGCGACAAGGAGGCGGCUGAGCGCCGCGUUGCCGAGCUUGAACUCACUGUCAACCAACUCGAGACAGAGGGAGUAGCUGGACGCAGGUCCAUGAGCCCAGCUCGUGGGUUGAAUGGUGCUCCAGGUACUCCAGUCCGCUCUAGCACUCCGCUUGGCACAUUUUCUCCCAGAGCAUCGCGUACCAAGGGCGGACUUACCCUUACGCAAAUGUAUUCGGAAUAUGACAAGAUGCGGACCAUGCUUGUUGCUGAGCAGAAGACGAACCAGGAACUUAGAUCUACCUUGGACGAAAUGGUUCAGGACCUUGAAGCCAGCAAACCCGAGAUUGAUGAGUUGCGCGAAGACCACGCGCGGCUAGAGCAAGCAGUCGUUGAGAUGUCUAAUAUCCUCGACACUGCUGGGAAAGAACGAGACGAUGCCACGAAAGAGGGCAGGAAAUGGCAGGGCCAGGUUGAGGGAUUCGCGCGUGAGGGUGAUAUUCUGCGCCAACAGUUAAGGGACCUGAGCUCUCAAGUUAAGGUUCUUGUGCUGGAGGUUACUCUCCUGAGGGAGGGCGAAGCAAACUAUGAUAGAGAGGAACUCGAGAGAGUAGCUCGCAAGGAAAUCGAAGACUCUUCGGCCGACCUUACCCCAACAGGUCGUUUCAUCAGCCAGAACCUAACGACUUUCAAGGAUAUGCAUGAGCUUCAGGAGCAGAAUGUUACGCUUCGCCGCAUGCUGAGAGAACUCGGGGAUAAGAUGGAAGGCGCAGAGGCGCGUGAAAAGGAUGCUACCCGGCAGCAGGAGCACGAGGAGUUGAAGGAGCUGCGAAUCCGAGUGCAAACGUACCGCGACGAAAUUGCAAACCUCAUUGCUCAGACUAAGAGCUAUGUCAAGGAACGCGAUACCUUCCGCAGCAUGCUGACACGUCGGCGACAAACAGUCGGCGGCGAUGCUGUUUUCUCACAGUCUCUUCCUCCGGGAGCUGCACCCCCAGUGACUGAAGAAGUGAAGGGCGGUCCUGAUUAUGCCGAUUACAGAAGCGCUACGCAACCCUUUUCGAAAACGCCAACCGACAGGACAUCAGAACGCAACAAGCUGCAGAAGAUCUUGUCGAAUCCAAGGGUCUUAUUGACAGUCUUCAGCGCGAGAGCGCAAAUCUGAAGGCAGAGAAAGCUCUUUGGAAGAACAUCGAGAAACGACUUAUUGAAGACAACGAAACGCUGAGGAAUGAGCGAAGCCGCCUGGAUGGGCUCAACGCCAACCUCCAGAAUA